GUCUGUGCGCGGGAAAGCGAGGGUGCGGCGCGUCGUGCGCCUCUCUCCCCGGGUCCUGGAGCUCGGGAUCAAUUAUUCAUUGCACAGAUUUGCGUGUGUGUGUGUGUGUGCGUGUGUGCGCGCGUGGAGAGCGAAGGGGGCCCGGAUUGCUGAUGUCAGGCUGGAGGGCAGCAGACUCGCGCGGGCUGCUGCUGCCGCCGCCGCCGCCGCUGCAGCGCGCCUCUCUGCCUCUCCCCGGGCGCCCGUGCAAAAGGGUGCAGCAUGCAGCCUGGCCCCCGUUGCACGGCCAGCCCUCUCGGUAGCAGCAGCAGCAGCAGCAGGAGCAGCCGCCGCAGCGCUCAGGCCGACGGGGGCCCAACAGCGGAGGCAUGGCUGGCCGGCCAGGCGGCGGCUGCUGGUGGUGGCUGCUGGUGCUGGCGGCCGCCUGCCUGCUGCAGCGCGCCCAGGUGAGGAAGGCGCUGCGCUGCCCGGGCGCCUGCAGCUGCACCAAGGACUCCAUCAUCUGCGUGGGCUCGGCCAGCGUGCCCCGCAUCGGGCCCGGCGACAUCAGCUCCUUGAGCUUAGUCAAUGGGACCUUUUCCGAAAUCAGAGAAAGAAUGUUUUCUCAUCUGCCUUCCCUCCAGCUGCUGUUUUCUACAUUCAAGGCAGGGUAUGGUCCUAACUCCUUGGGCCUUGAUAUUGUCAGGAAAGGGGGCGACUGCCUCCCACGUUCAUGUGAAUGUGUGAAAGGGUGA